UAAUGGCAAAAGAUGAGCAAUACGGGUAAUGGGUCGGUUUACUCUGUACUGGUGGAACUUAAUCUACUCGUUUGGCCCUGUGCGCGAGGACCACAUCCGCACAUCCGCAUACGGCCCACGGACAAUAACCUGCGAACACAAACACGCAUAUGCUUACGUUAGUGUGCAUGGAUGGUAUGAGCGACCCCAACUAUAACUCAAUCUCGUCUUUCAACCGAUCGAUCGAUCGACCAACCAACCUUAGGUCGAGAUCUACCAUCGCAUGAAGGGCUUCGAGGGCGUGGUUCAGUUCUACGGCGUCACCUACCCUCCGGGACUCAACAAGCUGUGCAUCGUCACAAAGUACGCCGAAAACGGCUCGCUCUCCUGGCAUCUCAAGGUCGCCUUCCACAAGCUGACCUGGGCCGACAAACUCACCCUCGCCACCCAGAUCGCAUCCUCCAUUGCCCGACUUCACCACGAGGGUAUCUACCACCGGGACUUGCAUGGAGGCAACAUCUUGAUCGAUAAAGCAGGGAACGCUAUGCUGACGGAUUUUGGAGCGAGCGCGGUCAUGGAGGAGCGUGUGGUCCGUAGCAUGGAUGAAUUUGCGAUCGCGACAAAGGCAACACUCGAGGGUGCAUCCAAGUUUGUGAGCGGGAUGGUUCCGAAUGUUCCUGACCUGGAUGACCCGAGCUCUGCAUCAGCAGCAGUAGCAGCAGCAGGCGACCAAAAUCCGAGCACCAAAGAAAACACAAGUGGUAAAUCUUCUGACGAGGAGAAGCACGACCCACUGAUCGGCGUCAUGGCCUAUAUCGCGCCUGAACGCUUCCGUAACCCGCGGUAUUUUGAUGCGCGCUGCGACAUUUACUCGCUUGGAGUCUUGCUUUGGGAGCUGACGAGUGGGCAUUCGGCGUUCGCAAAGAUGUCUCAGGAUGUGCAGCUGGCGGUGUCUAUUCUGAAUGGCAAGCGCGAGGAACCUGUGGAGGACACACCGGAGAAGUACUGUGCAUUAUAUGAACGCUGUUGGGAGACCGAUCCGGAGAUGAGGCCUUCGUUGGAUGAGGUCUUGUCCACCCUGGCUGAGGUUCGUGCCAGUCUGUCGCCGGAGGAACUUGCAAUGACCAGGGAACGGAGCAGUACCCACAACGAUGCAGAUACCGACUUUGAAGAGUCAUUGAGUGUGCCUCGGCCGACGUCCGACUAUCAAAAAUACCUGAUUUCAGAGGAAUUAUAAUAACCGCCAGUGGAUGUGAAACGCAGACAUGAAAGGCUUCUCGUUUCCUUCUAUGGACAUUGUGUUUCCGAAUACAGUGUAUCAUGGCAUCAAAAGCAGCAAGAGUAGCAACGUUGCCCUCAAUAAUCGAUCCCACGCUACAUCGGAGUGGAUGUCUUUGUGAACAUCCUAUUCCCAUUCCAACUUUUAUUUGUUUGUUUGUUUGUUUGUUUGUUUGUUUCGAUAUCCACUCUAGAGUCUUACCCCACAUUGUAGAAUAAACGCCUUUUUUGAUUGACAAUGUA